AAAAAUUGUUACCUACGUCUGUAAUACGUCGAAAAAAUUAAAAACAAUUCAAAUAACCUCAAAUUUAAGUAGACAAAGUUUUAUUUUCCUACCGUGUAAGCGGUACAAAAUUCUAGCAAUUAUAAGGAAUUCAUAUGGCUUUUAAUAACUUAUUAUACUAACGAUGCUAUUAUAAUUUGUUAUUUAAAUGUAUGUUUGUUGGUUAUUUUGCCAUAGUUUAUAUAAAUUUGUGAAACAUCAAAAUUAUUAACAAAGAUGACUUCAGCCUGGUUUAAACCGGAAUUAGCGGAACUUAUAAUCAACCAUGGGGAUAUAUUUAAUGAGACACACAGCAUUAUCGCUGACAUUGUAUCAGGUCACUUAGACAUUGCAGAUCUCGUAGAAAACAUGGCGGGGGUUCUAACAAACAAAGAACCAGAAAACCGAGAGAAAGGGAUGAGUUUCUAUACAAAAAUAUUAAAAGAACUUCCCCGAGACUACCUUAAUGAUAUGCAAGUCAAGUUUAUAUCUAAGUUCUAUGUAGACAGACUUAAAGAUAAUCACCGAGUUAUUCCACCGGUAAUAGAAGGGUACUCCGUGUUGAUUGACAUGUCUGAGUACAAAAUGCAAAAUUGUACUGAUUUCCUGACCAUACUGUUCCGAGAAGUAACCUGUCAGUCACAAACUAGGCAGGAUAGAUAUAAUAUCUAUGUUAUCAUACAGAAAUUGUGCAAUAAGGAUAUUGAAUAUUUGAAAAGCCUCGGCUCAGACUUCGUAUACGGAGUUAUAACGGCCAUGGACGGUGAAAGAGACCCGCGAAACCUAGUAUUCCUAUUUCAAUUCCUUCAAAACUUCAUAAAGAACUUUCCUCUUGGUCAUUUGGCCGAAGAAAUGUUCGAUGUAAUCUCCUGUUACUUUCCUAUUGACUUCCAUCCUUCGAGCGACGAUCCUGCAGCGGUGACGAGAGAAGAUUUGGCCAAUUCUCUUAUGCCAUGUCUGUGUGCCAUACCUGAGUUUGGCGAUCCCUGUAUCAUUCUGCUGAUAGAGAAAUUGGAUUCUAACUUGAGAUUGGCCAAAAUUGAUUCUUUGAAAUUGUUGGUCGAAAGCUGUAAAACAUUUACGCCACAAUCCUACACGCCAUUUUUGAGAGCUCUGUGGUCUUCACUGAACAGGGAGAUGUCGCACAAAACUGAUGACGAAUUAAAAACUAUUGCACACGAAGCGUUAGGCGCUUUAGUUGCUAAAAUGGCAUCAACUGCUAACACAGAUCAAGCCUUCGAGAAUUUCCUAAAAGGGAUUAUUAUUUCUGCACAAAGCACUAUAGCGGACGCCACUACAGUUGCACAGUUCGUCAAAGGCACUAAGGUACUCCUAACUGCCGCAAAUGCUUCCAAUCAAUCCUGUGCAUCAAUCACAAGAGCUAUGGUCCCCGCAACAGUAGCGUAUUAUGAACUCAAAACCGCGCCAAAAUUGCAAAUAGCAAGUUUGGACUUUAUUGGAGACCUGUAUGAGAUUGCCAAUAAGAAAGGCUUGUUGGAUGAAGUUCGAGCGCAAAUAACGAAUGUACCACAAGUAUGCCUGUCGGCUGUAAGCCAGUCUUCCAAAGAAUUCCAAAUGGCAGGCUUUAAGACAUUGAUCAGAGUGCAGGAAUGUUUAGGCGAAGAUCUUGUAUUACCAUUCGUUGAAGUGCUCAUCUACAACGUCCAACACGCACAAGACAAUGAUCUACUCAGUAUAAGCGUUGAAACAAUACAUGUUAUAGCAAGAAAAUACCCGGAACUAAUCAUGAAUUUAGUGGUCAAAGGGAAAUGUAGUAUAGAGAACAUAUCGCAGGACAAAAUUGCCUUUCAGAAACGAUUAAACGUGCUAACAAACUUGGCGAGUAUAGAUGACUUUACAAAAGUUAUCAUUGAAGAAAUGUUGAAGAUAAUCACGGCUAACGACCCUGAAGCUUUGCAUGUGGUUGAAGCGCUAAGUGGGUCCAUUUCUAUGGCGUCUGUGUUUACAACUGAGAAAGUGACGCAGAUAGAGAGCGAUCACGGAUUGAUUGAUCCUGUACUAGAUUGGUUGUAUAAAGAAAUUUCGUCGUCAAGUCCAGACGCUUUAGCACAUGGCUACACAUUAAUAGCGAAUACUAUAGGUAGCUUACCGCCAGAAAAACAGGAGAAUAUUCUAGUGAAACACACGCCUCAGGCCUUAGAGCGGUGUAUGCAAGACGAUAUUUAUUUCCUUAUAAUAGAAUGCUUGUACACUUCGUUGCAUCAAAGCGUGUACAAUUCAAAGUUUGAAGAGAUUAUGACCGUGGCUUUGCAGGUCGCUUUAAAGAGUGAUAAAGAUCUGCUAAGAACUAAAGCGUGUGUGUUAAUAGCACAUUUGUUGAAUAAGGCUGAACAUGGACAGAAGUUUGAGUUGUUAUAUGAAUUGUUGAAAACGCAAUUAGCGUCGUGUAAUAGAGAAGAUGAGAAACUUUGUCCAAGGUUAAUACAGUUGUAUGGGUGGAUAACUAAGUCUUUGUUGAUGAGAGGCAGUGAUGUAUUCUUGUUUUGGUUGCAAAAGAUAGUGGGAAUUUUAGCAAUUUCACAAUAUUGCACGCAUGGUUCGGAGGCUAUUAAAUUAAUUAUGAACGAGAACACAGAUUAUUUGAACAGAAAACAACAUUGUAGGAUAAGUCUCCUAUACAAACAGAGAAUGUUUGAAACAUUCUCAGCUUUGACUGAGAAAAUUAAGCCUAACUUGUCUGCUGAAACUAAAGAGAGUUAUUUAUUAAGUUGGGCCUAUGUAUUGGAUAAGGCACCGAAGACUGUACUUAAGAAUGAGGCUAAUAAGAUUGCACCAAUAGUGAUAGAUUGCCUAGAAUAUGACAAUAAGGAUAUGUUACAAGUUUCCCUCGACGUGCUAUGCCAUUUUGUGCAGUCCAGCCCCACAGCGGUAUCAGACAGCUUACAGACAAUAUUGCCUAGGUUAAUUGCUUUAAGCAAAUACAUGAAAUCAAUGGACGUUAGAAUAAAGAGUUUAGAGUGCCUUUAUGACAUAGCUAAUACUUUCCGAACUUCGACUCUAUUGCCAUACAAACAAGACGUACUAUUAGAUCUAGCGCCCGCACUUGACGACAAGAAGAGAUUAGUAAGAAACGUCGCCGUUCGUGCGCGUUCUCGCUGGUUCCUUGUUGGCGCACCUGGAGAAGAUAAACCAAAUUAGACCAAUCAGAAUAAACACUAUUUUAAACAUAGCAACA